CGCGCCGCCGGUCGGGUCGUGGGAGCCGUGGCCGAGAGCCGCCGCCGCCGCCGCCGCCGCCCGCGCCGCCCCUGCCUGCAGCCCGCGCCCCCGCGCCCCCGCGCCCCGCGCCCCCGCGCGCCCCCGCCCCGCGCCCCUGGCCAUGCUGUCCUUCCAGUACCCCGACGUGUACCGCGACGAGACCGCCGUACAGGAUUAUCAUGGACAUAAAAUUUAUGACCCUUAUGCUUGGCUUGAAGACCCAGACAGCGAGCAGACAAAGGCUUUCGUUGAGGCCCAGAACAAGAUUACUGUGCCAUUCCUUGAGCAGUGUCCUCUCAGGGGUUUAUACAAAGAGAGAAUGACUGAACUCUAUGACUACCCCAAGUAUAGUUGCCACUUCAAGAAAGGAAAACGGUAUUUCUAUUUUUACAAUACAGGUUUGCAGAACCAACGAGUAUUAUAUGUACAGGAUUCCUUAGAUGGUGAAGCCAGAGUGUUCCUCGACCCCAACCUACUCUCUGAUGAUGGUACGGUGGCGCUCCGAGGCUAUGCAUUCAGUGAAGAUGGUGAAUAUUUUGCCUAUGGUCUGAGUGCCAGCGGCUCAGACUGGGUGACGAUCAAGUUCAUGAAAGUCGAUGGUGCCAAAGAGCUUCCAGAUGUGCUCGAGAGAGUCAAGUUCAGCUGUAUGGCAUGGACCCACGAUGGGAAGGGGAUGUUCUACAACUCAUAUCCCCAACAGGAUGGAAAAAGUGAUGGUACGGAGACAUCCACCAAUCUCCAUCAGAAGCUCUGUUACCAUGUAUUGGGGACUGAUCAAUCAGAAGAUGUUUUGUGUGCUGAGUUUCCCGAUGAGCCUAAGUGGAUGGGUGGAGCUGAGUUGUCUGAUGAUGGUCGCUAUGUCUUACUAUCAAUAAGAGAGGGGUGCGAUCCAGUAAACCGACUCUGGUACUGUGACCUACAGCAGGAAUCCAAUGGCAUCAGUGGGAUCCUGAAGUGGGUAAAACUGAUCGACAACUUUGAAGGAGAAUAUGACUAUGUGACCAAUGAGGGGACGGUGUUCACGUUCAAGACAAAUCGCCAUUCGCCCAACUAUCGCCUGAUCAACAUCGACUUCACGGACCCUGAGGAGUCUAAGUGGAAGGUGCUUGUUCCUGAGCAUGAGAAAGAUGUCUUAGAAUGGGUCGCUUGCGUCAGGUCUAAUUUUUUGGUGUUAUGCUACCUUCAUGACGUGAGGAACAUUCUGCAGCUUCACGACCUGGCCACCGGUGCUCUCCUCAAGACCUUCCCACUGGAGGUCGGCAGCAUUGUGGGGUACAGCGGUCAGAAGAAGGACACCGAAAUCUUCUAUCAGUUUACUUCCUUUUUAUCUCCAGGUAUCAUUUAUCACUGUGACCUCACCAAAGAGGAACUGGAGCCAAGAGUCUUCCGAGAGGUUACCGUGAAAGGGAUCGAUGCUUCCGAUUACCAGACAGUCCAGAUUUUCUACCCCAGCAAGGAUGGUACAAAGAUUCCAAUGUUCAUUGUGCAUAAAAAGGGCAUUAAAUUGGAUGGCUCUCAUCCUGCCUUCUUAUAUGGCUACGGCGGCUUCAACAUAUCUAUCACACCCAACUACAGUGUGUCCAGGCUCAUCUUUGUGAGACACAUGGGCGGUGUCCUUGCAGUAGCCAACAUCAGAGGAGGUGGCGAAUACGGAGAGACGUGGCACAAAGGUGGUAUCUUGGCAAACAAACAGAACUGCUUUGAUGACUUUCAGCAUGCCGCGGAGUAUCUUAUCAAGGAAGGUUACACGUCUCCCAAGAGGCUGACUAUUAAUGGAGGUUCAAACGGAGGCCUCUUAGUGGCCGCUUGUGCAAAUCAGCGCCCUGACCUCUUUGGCUGUGUUAUUGCCCAAGUUGGAGUGAUGGACAUGCUGAAGUUCCAUAAAUACACCAUCGGCCACGCCUGGACCACCGACUACGGGUGCUCGGACAGCAAACAACACUUUGAAUGGCUUAUCAAGUACUCGCCGCUGCACAACGUGAGGCUCCCGGAGGCGGACGACACCCAGUACCCGUCCAUGCUGCUCCUGACCGCCGACCACGACGACCGCGUGGUCCCGCUGCACUCGCUCAAGUUCAUCGCCACCCUUCAGUACGUGGUGGGCCGCAGCCGGAAGCAGAGCAACCCGCUGCUCAUCCACGUGGACACCAAGGCCGGCCACGGGGCCGGGAAGCCCACGGCCAAGGUGAUAGAGGAGGUCUCCGACAUGUUCGCGUUCAUAGCGCGCUGCCUGGACAUCGACUGGAUCCAGUGAGCGGCCCCCGCGGGCCCGGCCCGGCCGCCGCCGGGACCCUCAAGGGCUUUCACACCGGUCACGGUCACGCGGAGAAGCCACCGGGCCUCCCGCCCCGCCCACGGACGCCGGGUCCCUGCGCUCCACACCGCCGGCCCACGGAACCGCCGCGGGAGUUUUAUCUUUUUUAGGCUUCUCCUUUUUAGCCAGGCCCUUGGCGUUUCUUUUUUCCACCCUGUGCAGGCACAUGUUUUAAAAAAAAAAAAAAAAAAAAAUUAAAAAUUAAAAAAAAAAAAAAGAAUUAAAAAAAAUAUUAAAAAGGCAUGUUUGGAUAAAUAGCUAAGUGACAGCCAACGCAUUGUGACUAUUAGGUUGCCGAAUCCAGAGUCGUAGUCGGGCCCACCUCACCUAGAGCACUCAGUGAAAUCCGCUUCUAUACCCAUAACCAGUAUAUCUUUCGAUGUGAGAACUGUUCUCCUGAAAAAGACUCCUUUGCAAUGAUAAUAAAUGUUAUUUAAGAACGGGA